UUAUUCGCGUUUUAAAGUCCGUGUCACACUUAUGAGCAUAGCCCUGGACCCGACCUAAUCAUUUCCAGUUGAAAGGUCAUUGCAUGCGGCGAUUUAGACAGAGCUUUAUUGUUUGGUUUGUUUUAAAUACGCUAGUUUUUACAUUCCCUUGCAUUACUUUUCAUUAUUUAAUUGACUCGAAGAUGAUGCCUUUCGAUGGAUCUUUUGAUCGCCAUAAGAAAGAAAGAUCUCCGAACUGACCUAGCCAGCAUGCUAGCGCGGACUAUUUAGAGAAACAAAUAGAUGAAGUAUAUUGCAGUUAGUACGACAACCGUGUCAAGGAAACCGAGUAAAUACAAUUUCUGGCAGUAAGGUGAAUAUUGCACAGUGAUAGUACAUAAAACAAUUGACUUAUUAAGCUGGUGGUGUCCCCUCCUCCUCCAUCACCCAUGAAUUUCCCAGCAUACUCGCUGUCCAGCAGUCACGGCCCAGGCUUGAAGAGGCGGGGUGACAGGGCAACAGGGGGAGUGGGACGUCCGGUUUAUUGCGCUGCAGUUGAUCGGCGCAAGUCCAAAGUAUGGAAUUAUUACACACAGCUGAGUGAGACUCAUGUGGAGUGCAACGUCUGCAAGAAGCAGUUGUCGUUCCACAACAGCACCACUACGAUGAGGGAACACCUCGUCCGCAAACACAGUAUCCGAGAUAACGGCCCUGUGCCCACUAACACAAUAGUAGCCUCCAUCUCGGGCACAUUGCUGCCCCCAGUGCCACAAUCAAAUUUCCCAACCAACAACACAAUAACCCCUAGCACAGGCUCCACAUGUAUGCUUCAGCCGGUGGUUUCACUGGUGGUAAAAGAGGAGCUCCAGGAUGCUGAUGUUUUGCCUGAGUCUGGGGAUGCCAAACGGGCACGGACCACAUGCGUCGCCAACAGCGCCGGAGGUUGUGCCUCAAACGUCUCUAGCCAAGAGCAAGAUGCGGCUCAGCCCUCACACUCUGGAUUCGUGCAGCCCGAGAACAACGGCACCAGCCACAAUUUUGGGAGCAGCGACAGCAGCACCAGUGGUUGCAGUAGCAAGCGCGCGAAUCUCUUGACUGAGCUCAUCCUGGAGAUGGUUUUCCGAGACCUGCAGCCACUGUCCGUUGUGGAGGAGAGAGGCUUCCGGCUGCUUUUAGGCUGCUUAGAGCCGCACUAUCACGUGCCUUCGCCGACUCAGCUCGGCAGUCUGCUUUGGCACCGGUACCAUGUCCUUAAACAGCACCUGAAGCACCAUUUGCAGGCCAGCUUAGCGCCUCGUUGCCUGGCGCUGUGUACCGAACGCUGGCGCUCAGUGGCAGGCUGUGGGGUGGGAGGUGGAGGGCAGCUAUACUCUACUGUAAGUGCGCAUUUUGUUGACAAGGACUGGCGUUUAGCCCGCUGUGUGCUAGAGACCCGUCCAAUGCCAGAGUUCGAGGAAGAGGCUGCUACACGAGGAGAUGCCCAGCUCAUGGACACUCUAAGGGAAGUGUUGUCUGAAUUCCGCCUCCCUGAAAGCUUUGUCUUCUGCGUGGUCCAUGACACACCUUGGGCCUCUGAAGUGACCCAGCCAGGACUUGCCCAAGGCGCUCAGAAACAGCAGGACAGACAGUCGGAGACUGCACAUAAUUUCAUUCGUCCCGGUCAAGCUGGUGCUCAGAAUCUGCCCAUGGGCUGGGUUGCACUCCACUGUGCGGGAGAAUCUCUUAAGCUGUGUGUUCAGGAGGGUCUCAGAGAGGAGCCGGUGAGGCAGGCGCUGGGCGCAGCACGCAGGAUCAUCUCGCACUUCCAGCAUGACGUGCAUGCCGCUGCUGCCUUGAGCCAUAAAGCAGAGGCUGCGAACAAGGCUGGUGCCCAGCUGCUGCUGGAUGAUCCAGGACGGUGGGCCACAGCCAUUGACAUGUGCGAGAGCCUUUUGGAGCUGAAGUGGGUGGUGAGCUCAGUUCUGGAGGAGCAAAAAGCCGCCCCCAAUUUGGCUGACCACCAGUGGCGUCUCCUACAGGAGCUGGUUCCUGUGCUGAAGACGGUACGCAUUGCUGCCUCUUUCCUCAGCGAAGACACAAAUGGCCCGAUUUCAGCCCUCAUGCCCUGCCUCCACGGGGUGUCCCGUCUCCUAAGCCAGCGUAUGUCGGAGAGUAGCUGUGCUGUGGCCCAGUGUGUCAUGGAAAAGAUGCGUUUGGGAAUGGAGCAACGCUGGAGGCUCAGGGAAGAGGACGUCCUCUUGGGCAGCCCAGCGGUCCUUUCCUCUUUCCUAGACCCCAGGUUCAAAGAGCUACGGUUUCUUAGCCCGCAUGCGCGUAGCAAACUGCACGACAAAGUCAAAGAUCUGUUAUCUGCUCAGGCGUAUGUAGACGAUGGGGAAAGGGACAACGAUAGAGUAGGAGUAGAAGAUGACGAGGAGGAGAUUACCGCAGGACCGAGGACGGACCUGGCAUUGGGAUUGGGGGACACUCUGUCCACAGCCUCCGUGGCCCCUUUGGAUUCCCCGGUGUCCUGCGGUUCUGCCGAAGAAAGUGACGUCAUUUUGCUGAAGCAACAAGAUACCGUGACCCCAGCUACCCUUAAUGCCCCAACACAGGCUGGCGACUGUAGGCUGGAUAGGGGAGCUAACAGAGUGAGCAGCGGGGCGGGCCUGGCGAAUCAGCCGAAAGGGGACGUGCCAAUGGCCUCGCGUGAGCGUGCUUCCCCAGUACCCCAGAGCAUGUACGACAUCUUGUUGGGCGAAGACCCCACCGAGAGGAUGCCGGAGAUCCAUCAGCAGCUGGAGAACUACAUAGCAGAGCCUCUGUGUAAACGUAGCCUGUCGCCAUUACACUGGUGGCGCGCUAAGGAGCACCGGUUCCCCGCCGUAGCCAGACUGGCGCGGAAGUACCUCGCCAUUCCCGCUACGGCUGUACCGGCGGACAGGGCUUUCGCCCCCAUGGAAGCCUCCGUUUUUCAGCGGAGGGCUACACUGGGUCCACAGCACCUGGAUCAUGUUCUCUUUCUGCAUCAGAACAGUGACUACGUGGAGAACUUGAAGGGAGGUCCGCAGGAUAAUGUCAGUAACAGCAGUGUUCAUAGUCACAGUACGCAGCAGACGCGAGAAAGUCUGUAUCAGUCAUUAGUAUCUUAUGACAACAAGGCCUGGGUGGGCGGAGACGACCUGUGAUUCGUUCGCGUACCAGCCUUUCUUCACAAGUUGUGGGAUGAAGGUUAUCGGCAGACGUCAAGAAUUUUCAGCAUUAUAAGAGAACUGGCAGAUAAGAGAAGCACAGUUAUAUCUAGUGAUUUUUCUAGCCUGUUUUCAUUUCCUCUUUACCGGUAUACUUACCUACCUAAUUAAUUUCAGAUUUCCUACAGAUUCUAGGUUUACGCUAGUGUAGUAACUAUACACUUUGUAGCCUUGUCUGGUGAAACUUUACUAAGCUGGGUAGCAUUAUUGUAAAACUAGUUUGCUGCUCUUAAUGGGCAGAAAAUCCACUGCUUGGGUUAGAAUUAUGAAGGAUUUGCUCCCUCUAAAACUCCUCUGGAAUAUUCUAUGGAAUCUAAUAAACAGCAUUAUAAAAUUUACAUAAACAUUUACCAUUUUAAAGAAACAAACUUUCAGAAAGGUAGUAAUAUGUAAAUAAUGAAAUGUGCGUAAAGUUUAAAUUAAAUACAGAAACUUCUAUAUGUAUUUGUGUGAAUAUUGGAUACUAUGACAAUUGUAUUGUAUUUUAGCAAGGUUUCCCCCAUAAAUGUUGUUAAUGCAAAUGAUUAAUAAGUAAGCGUUUUAAAAAACAGUUUUUGCAUGUUCAGCGACCACUCCCCUCCUGUAACGCACAUUUGUUUAUUAAAUGCUUUUAUUCAAAGGGUGAUAUUGAGAAAUCAGGGUCAGUCAGUCCCUGGAGCUAAUGGGAGGCCCAAUAGUGAAACCACUCAGCUGAUCAUAGGAUUCAAACCAAUGACCUUCUGAUUAUGAGAACAGAGUCAUCUUAACCCUUAGAGCCAAACACCAGCCUAUGGCAUCUGAUGAGACUGGAGUCAAUACCUUAUCGUGUUAACAGUAAUGGAAAGUAUUUGAUAUUUGUUCUUAUUUUAUUUGUUACUUUUGGAAGCAAUAUUUUUAUAGUUUUUGUUUGGUUGUAGUUUUUAACUUUAUAUUUACAUCUUAUUUCAGUUAACAACAAGUUUUAGUUGGUAAUAACCCUGGUCCCAAGAAGCAGGGGGCAUCCUGAACGGGGUCCUCUACUUUCACCAGGCUCUCAUUCAGUUAUUUGUGUUUUCUCUUGACAAUGAGCUUACAUGCUUCUAAUUACAAACUUUGGUAUUGUUGUAAAUUCCAGGCUCGGCUGGCCAUCAUGCCUAAAAUGUUGUAUGGAAAAUAUUAUUAUUAGCAAUAUGCUAUGUAACAUCCAUCAGACUGAAACAUAAGAAGAAUGUGUGGUUACAAAGGAGAAGUUUUUAUGUUAAUAUUGUUGUAUAA